AUGCAUGACGUCGGUGAUCGGAGAGGGACGAGACGCGAAGGUGAGGAAUGCAGGCGACGAGCGGAUCGGCGGCGUGCUGCAAAAAAUCAGCGGGCGGACUCAGCGCGCCCUUCGAAAAGAGACAGAUUGUCGUCAGCACGUCGUGCGGACUGCGCGCCAGGCAUCACUGCGCUGGAAGGCGAAGCUGACAGCCGGACCAGUGUGGAUUCGCUGAGGAAAGCGGCGCGCGAAGAUGCUGUUUGGGCAGAGCGUCGUGCGGAGCGUGAUCGACGUUGUGAGCGGGGUGUGCGAAGUGUAUGGGGACGUUCGCCAGUCAUGUGCGAAAUACACGAAAUUUACGAAGAAUAUGAAAGAGCCGAAAAGGUGCUCCAUAAGGACGAACAGCUACCGAAACCUCUGGAUUAUAAUGCCAGCGAGCAGAGCGCAAAUUCGAGGAAGGAAAAAAAGGAAAGGAAAAAAGACAAGAAAUCAAACAAAAAGCGUAAGAAAAAACACGAGAAAUCGAGUGAAAGUGAGGAAGAAUGGGUAGAGGUAACGGCCGAAAUGCGGGAAGCCGAGGCUGCGCGUGAAAAAUUGGAAGAGGCAGCAAUGAUUGGACCAGCAGUUCCGGAUCAUCUGCUCCAGAAACAUGCUGCCUUACUGGAUACAAGCAAGCGAAUCAAGUAA